AUGGGUGCACCAGAUACUUACAUCUUCCUAAGAGAUAAGAAAGAGUCGCACAGGCUGAACAAGCAACAUCAGUUCAUUGCAAAGAUUAUCGGAGGCCCGAUAAACAACACAAUCCCAUUAGAUAGCUUGACUGCAAUUGCCGACGUUGGUACUGGUACUGGUGUGUGGCUUGAAGAAGUUCGUCAGUUGAUGAAUGAGACAUGCCCGGAUAUCCAGCGAGUUUACCAGGGCUUUGACAUCUCAGAUGCCCAAUUUCCGUAUUUUUCCGAAAAUACAAGGUUUGAAAUUCACGAUAUACUCCUGCCGUUUCCUUCCAACCACAUCAAUCGCUACGACCUCAUUAAUAUGAGAUUACUUGUCGGGGCAAUCAAGGAGUCGGACUUUGCUGUUGCUAUUCAAAAUCUGAUAACGAUGUUGAAGCCUGGAGGCUAUCUCCAAUGGACUGAAUUUGAGUUAAACAGUCAUUUUCAAGGAAAUUCGGCAGAGUUCCCAGCGUUUAAAAGGCUCUUGCGGCCAUUCUUCGACUAUCUGCAUAUGAACGAGUUUAGCACCUCCGCUCCAGAAGCAGUGAACCAGUAUUGCAAAAGAAGCGGAUUGAUUAAUGUCAAGAAAUUUGAGCGCAGCGUACUUGACCGACCAGAAUUACAAACCGAGUUGGAGAACUGGGAUCUUACCGCAUUUGCUGUAAUGAUGCCUCUUGUCUAUGAGCGUACGGGUCAAGCAAAGGACGAGAUCACAAACCAGCAAAUGACAUCGCGCAUGCUCUCUGAAUUUCGGGACUUGUUUGCGAGAGGGCUUAAGCCAGGUUGUACAUUUGGAACUGUGAUCUGUCAAAAGCCAGAGAUUGGUCCGAUGAACAACUAG